UUUGCAAACAGUGGCAUUUUUUGAGUGAUUAUUUUAUCGAACUGCAUUUGAGAAAGUGAGGAUAUUGUUGUUUAAAUAAUUUUUUAAGUAAUUAAUAAAUUUUGCGAUGGAUUGGGCCAAAAAAGCAGAAGACCAGGUAUCCAAAUUGGUCAGUAAUUUGGAAAUUGAGAAGAAAGAAGAUGAUUCAAAUGAAAAAAAGGAAGAGGAAGCCGAUGUAAGUUCAGCGGAAACAAGUCUUUUGCUCAAAAUCAUAAGAAAAGGUUUAGUGGAGUCUAAACUGGAUUUAGAGGUUCAACGUCAGGAUCCCACAUCGCCAUUGUAUUCUGUAAAAACAUUUGAAAAACUACAUUUAAAGCCCGAGAUUUUAAAAGGAAUUUAUGCCAUGGGCUUCAAUGCUCCUUCAAAAAUUCAGGAAAAUGCUUUGCCAAUACUAUUAGCCGAUCCUCCACAAAAUAUGAUAGCACAAAGUCAGUCUGGUACUGGAAAAACUGCCGCCUUUGUUCUUGCAAUGUUAAGCAGAGUGGAUACUAAACUGGAUUAUCCUCAGGUCCUUUGUUUAUCUCCUACGUAUGAACUGGCCAUUCAGACUGGAGAGGCUGCCGCUAGAAUGGCACAAUUUUGCCCAGAUAUAAAAUUGAAGUUUGCAGUCCGAGGUGAAGAAGUUUUACCAGGCACCAAAUUAUCAGACCAUAUAAUAAUAGGUACACCAGGCAAAGUUCUCGACUGGGGUCUUAAAUAUCGUGCUAUCGACUUAAAGAAAAUUCGAGUUUUUGUGUUAGAUGAAGCUGAUGUUAUGAUAGCCACCCAAGGACAUCAUGAUCAAUGUAUUCGUAUUCAUAAACAACUAUCAUCAAAGUGUCAGAUGCUAUUUUUUUCAGCUACAUAUGAUAAGGAAGUAAUGGAGUUUGCAGAGCACAUUGUUCCUGAAGCAAAUAUUAUUAGACUUAAAAGGGAACAAGAAUCACUUGACAACAUUAAGCAAUAUUAUGUAAGAUGUCAUUCGGAAGAUGAAAAAUAUCUGGCAAUUCAAAACAUAUAUGGCAGCAUAACUAUAGGACAAGCAAUUAUUUUCUGUCAUACUCGCAAGGCGGCUGGUUGGUUAGCAGGAAAAUUGUCAUCAGAUGGCCAUUCCGUUGCUGUUCUCUCCGGUGAUCUAACUGUGGAACAAAGAUUAGCUGUACUUGAUCGUUUUAGGAUAGGUUUAGAAAAAGUACUGAUAACGACUAAUGUGUUGUCACGAGGUAUUGAUGUCGAACAAGUUACAAUUGUCGUAAACUUUGAUCUACCAAUGGACGCCAAGGGCAAUGCCGAUUGUGAAACUUAUCUUCAUCGCAUCGGAAGGACUGGAAGAUUUGGUAAGAAUGGCAUUGCAAUAAAUCUAGUAGACAGUGAAAAAGCAAUGGCCAUCUGUCGCACUAUUGAACAUCACUUUAAGAAAAAUAUCAAGGAACUUAAUGCUGACAACACCGAAGAAAUUGAAAAAAUCGGAACUUAAAUCUCAUUUUAUAAGUUUGAUUAAAAAUUAUAAUACGGACAUGUGUGUUUAUUGAUUAAAUAUUUUUAUUUUUUAUGUCUACAAUCACAAAUACCCAAUAUAACUUUCGUUAAUGUUAUGCAAAUUGCUUUUUUACAUUCCUCUCAUUAUUUAUAGUUUAUAAAAAAGAAACUUAAAAUAAAACAGAACAACUACAUAUUAUAAA